CCCUUCAGCUGCUACAUAGUGCAGAGCCUGGACAUCUACAAUGGAUUACAAACUGGUUUGUUUGUUGGCUCUGAUCUUGACAGUCGGAAUCACCAGUGCACACGUUGAGCUUACUGCUGCUCAAUGCGAAAUUGAACCUAAAUCACGGAUUAACUGCGGCCCCCCUGGCAUAUCCCAGACGGAGUGCAACAAUAAAGGCUGCUGCUUUAACUCCAGAAUUUCAGGUGUCAUCUGGUGCUUUUAUCCCAAGCCGGAAGAAGAUUGUUUCUUUUAAAAAUGAUCGUUGGCAUCUGCCCCCAGCAAAUUCUGCGCCUCCCUUCAAGCUUCAGCGUCAUCCUCUGUGUUAUACGAACCUGGAAUUAAACCAACAUUUCACAGCCCAUGGAUCACAAAAUGCCCCCUUGUAUGGAAACUCACCAUUUAUGUUCCCUUUACAACUCCAUCAUUGUCAAUUUACUGUUUAUUAAAGCAAAAACAUCCCUCUA